AUGAAAGUGUUCAUCGUCUUGGCGGCAGUCACUGCUCUUGCAAGUGCCCAAUUCAAAUGCCCCAACAAGGACGGCCAGUACGAAGACGACAGACAAUGUGACAAGUUCUACGAGUGUCGGGACGGUGUUGCCACCACCAAGCUCUGCCCAGAUGGUUUAGUGUUCGACCCCACCAUUAGAAAGAUCAACAAGUGUGACCAACCUUUCAACGUUGACUGUGGGGACAGAACCGAAUUACAACCCCCAAAACCUAACAACCAGUGUCCACGUAGGAACGGAUUCUUCGCUCACCCUGACUCUUCAGUUUGCAACGCCUUCUACAACUGUAUUGAAGGUGAAGCCGUAGAAGUUAAGUGUACAGCUGGACUACACUUCGACGAGUACUCUGGUACUUGUGUCUGGCCAGAUGCGGCUGGCAGACAGGGAUGCGCUGCUCAAGACAAAAAGACCAAGGACGGUUUCGAAUGCCCCAAGGAACAACAAGUAGACGCCCAAGGCCAGAUUGUGGCUCACCCCAAGUUCCCCCACCCCAACGACUGUCAACGUUUCUACGUGUGCCUGAACGGUAUCGAACCCCGUGACCUCGGUUGCCAAGUUGGGGAGGUCUACAAUGAGGAGUCGCAGAGGUGUGACGCUCCUGAGAAUGUCCGCGGGUGCGAGGACUGGUACAAAGACGCCGAAGAAGCUGCGCCAGCACCUAAAGCCAGAUCUUAA